AUGUCGUCGCACGUGCCGCGCAAAAUCUUGGUUACUGGUGGUUGUGGAUUCAUUGGUUCCAAUUUCAUUAACUAUAUUUAUCGCAUUUGGCCACACAUGAAUAUUGUAAACGUGGACAAGUUGAUUUUGAACUCGGAUGUCUAUUACGUCGACGAGGAAAUUAUCGAAUCCUCACGAUAUAGACUCAUUACCGCGGAUAUACGGAACAGAAGAGUGAUUGAACGUGCCCUCAGGGAAAAUAAGGUAAAGUACGGCAAUGUGAGCAACAGAAAAUGGAUAGAUUUGCUAUGA